AUGAAAAACCCUGGAAAAAUUGGUCCAAAAUCAGCCACCGAAACGCCGAUCCUAAAUUUUGCAUCGAGAAAGAAGAUUCUCGACGCUCCAUCGGGAAAACGUGGCACAGUUCCACAAUUCGUCACAAAGAAGAAGGCGAAGAAGAUGUACAAAAAGAUGACACACGAUGCGAGAGACAAUUUCAGAAAGAUGCAGGAAGAGUUGGCUGCUGAAAAAGAAGGAGAUGGUGAUGAUGGAGAUGAAGAUGUCGAAAUGGACGAUUAA